GAUGUUUAGGGUUAAACAUUUCCCCUCCGCCUUCCAACUCGUCUGUGAUCCAGAUUCACUGCACCUCAGCGAUAGUAUUUUCCAGCCUUGUGUCCAGGCAAAAAGGCACACCCUAUCACCCCAUCUCAACUUGUGUUGGGUGGCAUCUCGGUCAGCUUGUGUGAUUUAGCGGUGUGCUCGACAAGGCCGCGUUAGUCUGAAGGGAAUUCAUUCACAGGGAUUAGGGAUUAAGAUUUCCCUGGUCGCUUUGGUGGAGUAAAUCUGAGGGAUUAUGAUGUCAACAGCCUGUGGCUGCAGGAGAAGGAAAUUGAAUUGUGAGGGACAGAGUGCUGAUGGACCAGGAUUACAGCACAGUCAGUGAGAAGUCAGAGAUGGGAGUCCAUGUCUUUGCCUUUCUCCUGCUCUGGAAAACCUCCAUGGGAGACAGUUGGCUGCCCUUUGGGAGUAGUAUUUGCUUACAAAGUAGAACCAGUGUGGAAUAAAUGUUGAGGAUAUUGACUGAGUGUUAAGAAGAUAACUCAGUGGUAAUCCCGUCCGCCCCUCUUUGGUCUAGGAAUCAUCAGGUGCCAACUCCUGCUGCGGCUGCACCUGCUGCGACUGUUAAAUUUGAAGGGUUUGCUAAAACUAAGAAGAUGAAGGUGAAAUGGACCCAGCUGGGCUUGGUCUUCUUCCUGGUCUUAUCAAUGGUGAUGACAGGAUGCUUCUUCUGGCAGUAUCAGCUGCCAAAACUCCUGCCAGAUGAAGGGAUGGGCCGCAACGCCAACUCAGAGAUGAUGUGUCCACGUUUCCCCGAGCCCCUCCCUCUGGAACACCCGAUCCCCAGCCUGAAAGAGGCCCUGGAAAAGGUGGACGUUUUGCUUCGGCAGAGUAUCAACCCCAUUAGCCUUCCUGCUCUUUCAGCCAUUGUGGUGUUAAAUGACACUGUUUUGUGGACUGGAAACUUUGGAAAGAGGAACGGCAGUGACCCACUCUCAGGACCCCCCAAUGAGUACACAAUUUAUAGGAUUGCCAGCCUAUCUAAAAUCUUUCCGACUCUGAUGCUGUACAAGCUGUGGGAAGAAGGGAAAAUAGCGUCCUUAGAUGACCCUCUGGAGAAAUAUGUGGAGAACUUCACCAUCAAAAACCCUCUGGGAAGGACAAGAGACUCCGAGCUGAAAUAUGUGACAGACGGCCUCAUAUUUCUGGACAGCGGGGAGGUGCAGAUCCGCUCCACUUCAGUCACUCUGCGAAGGAUGGCCAGCCAGCUCUCAGGCCUGCCCAGAAGACUCCGAGCUACAAAUUUGCUUUGGAAAGGAAAAACACAAUCUGCAAUCAAUCUGCUGCAAGAUGAUGUCCUCGUGGCAGAUCCAGGAACCAAAUGUCACUACAGUAACCUCGCCUUCUCCCUCCUCGCUCAUGUGAUGGCCGAACGAGUGGUCGGCGUGGACUACCAGAAGUGGGUCGCAGACAACAUCCUGGACCGACUCGGGAUGGAGGACACCGGCUUUGACGUGACUCCGGGACUUCAGGGUCAGAUGGCUGUGGGCGUGUACUCCAACGGAAAACCAGCACCGCUCUACGAUCUAGGCUGGUACCGGCCUUCGGGUCAGAUGUUUUCCACUGCUGCAGACUUGGCCAAGCUCGCCAUGAUGCUACUGGGCGCUUAUCACCGCAAAGUCCUGGAACCAGACUCGCUGAAGAUCAUGCUGGCCCCACUCUUCAGGUGCGACAAGGAUUACUUUGCCAACCGCACCGGGACGCCAUGGGAAGUCAACGAGCUGAUGGGCUACGAGGUUCUGCGUAAAGACGGCGACCUGGACGGGUACUCGGCCACCUUCUCCCUGGUGCCCCGGCUGAAGCUGGGCUUGGUGGUGCUCAUGGCGGGCAGCCGGUCUCAGAAGCAGGACGUGGUCACCAAAUCCUACAAUCACAUAAUCCCAGCUAUAGAGAAAGCCUUCAGGGAGGCCAAGAAGGUGCUUUCUGCUCCACCCAACCCAGAUCCUUACGUCGGCUUUUUCACCUACAGUAACAUCACCUUUUAUGAGAUCAAAGCUGGACCGGAUGGAGUUCUAAUCAUGCAGCAGUUUGGGCCACAGAUCGAGGAGCUGAUUCCAGAAAAAUACAGAACAAUAAAACUCAACUUCCUGGUGGAACGAGUGUUUAGAGUAGUGUUUGAUAAAGAGUACCCUUGUGUUUUGCGGGUUGGCUCGGCUUCCGUGUCCCUGGAAGCCCAGGACGGACAGUUAUUUAACUUCUACACGUUUGACAAACGGGGUGUUUCGCCAGGUUUUGAUGCGCCAGGACUGAACACGUAUAAUGUGGUAAGGAUAGCUCGCAGACCAUCCUUCUCCAGCUGAACUGUGGGAACACUGUCCAGCCUAAAGACAAAUAACUGUGCCACGGGGGUACAGUCUGUGUGGAUUGUACACAAAGAGGAGGCUGAAUGCUGAAAAGGAAGAAGAUGGGAGCUGUUUUGCACAUCAAUUACACGCAUCUGAGAAAGACCCAGAAACUAAGCUGUAUAAUGUGUCGCACCAAAAAUAAUGAAUUUGCUGAAUGAUUUAUAUGACUGUCUGUAUCAUGAGUCCUUCAGCACACCUGACACAGUAGUGGUGAUACAGUAUUUGUGUUUUCCCUGCUUUCAUUAACAUUCCUUCAACAUUAUCUUGGCUUGUCUGUCCUUGAGUGUUCAUAUAAAAAAAUGUAAAAAAAAAAGAAAAAAAA